AUGAACAUGAAAAUUUUAACGAUGCUAGUUUUUACAAGUGCUGUUUCAAAUGCUUCUUAUGAUUUUACCGGAGGAUCCAGUGGCAAUUCUAUCCCUUCGCAGCGCUCUGGAAUGAAGCAUGAUGAGCAUUCAGACCGGAGAAUUCAUCAAUACGUGAAUAAAGCACAAACGAGAAUGUUGAGGAGAAGUACUGACGUUCGCUUUCUCAAUGCGACGAUAGAAAUCGACUACAAAAGUGACAAACGAACGCUGGAAAUGUUCUUUGAAUUCGUAAACGGGGAAAUUCGAAGCCACAAGGAAGAUCUGGAAUCAGACGAAGACAUCAAGAACAUGAAGAAAUACAUCCAGCGACAUGUCGACAGCUACAAAUGGAAUUACAUGAGCAACAACGACAGUAUCGCCCGAGGAGUGCUCAAAGUAUCACUGGACUUCGCGGACGCGCCUUACUUGUGCCACAACGCCACGAUCAUCAUCUUCAAAAAUCGACUCUCGGAAGUUUCCGAUGAAAUUGAUCGCAUUCAACAGCGAUAUAACGAAACCUACCACAAGAAUGUCGAGGAAUACAACAAAAUGCGGCUGUAUAUGCGCAGUCACUCGUUCAACUACAACUCCAAUAUUGCUCAGAUCCCAAGGAGCGAGUCGCCAAUUAAUUUGGGAAGUUCGAAUGUUCCUUCAGCUUCAGUUAGCGACUACGAAAAUUUGGCAGAUCCAGCUGAUCCAGCUUCUGUUCAGGAUGAGAUUUGCAAUGGGGAACUCAAUAAGGCAGAAAACCAAGAAAAAUGUUUCGAUGCUCGUCGGAAAUUCGGGCGCGUCAAGUGCUCCCUCGCCUGCAAAUUCGCCGUCAUCCCUAGAACGCGAGAGAUAAAGCUAACAAGCGUUGAGUUUUCUUGGACUCGAGCUUGA